GAGCGGGGAGAGGUGCGGUGCACCGUGGAGCUCUCGCGCGUGCAAAAGGGGAAAAACAAAGCGCAAGGGCAGGAGGAGGAGAAGGAAGGAAGGAAGUGUGAGCGCCUGGGAUCCGCUCGCCGUGGCUUAGCAUUGAAUCGGUGCCUUGAUAUUGUCCCUCUUUGCCCGGGCUUCCUCCCACUUUUGCGGCAUUGCUGUGGCUUUAUCCCUUCCGAGCGUGGAUCGCUCCCCCAUAAGAAAGAACAGUACUGACAGAUAAGGCAGCGAUCGCGCUCAAGCUCCCUCCCCCCACUCGGAUCUGCGUUGACAGGCAGCGAGCGCAACAGCCGCAACCCCCUCCGUCCCUCCCUGCACACACAGCCCCGGAGGAAGGGAAGCCAAUCGCAGAGAGCAGGGGGGCGAAGCAGCAGCAGCCCAGAAAUAAGGAAGGCUCGCUGCUUCUCUGCACAGGCAUCAUGUGGGUCUGUUUGUAAGCGGGGUGGGGGGGCCAGAUCCCCUCUCCUUCCCUCCCCCACCCCAUUCCCCCUUCAGCGUACUCGCACACACGCAAACCCCAACGAGGAAGAGGAGGCGAGGUAGCCGCGGAGGCCGCGGGAAUAAUAAGAGAAUUGAUUGUGAAAAAGGAAAGCAGAAGAAAUAUUUCCUGGCAAGAUGGCCGACUUGGAGGCUGUGCUCGCUGAUGUGAGCUACUUGAUGGCUAUGGAGAAAAGUAAAUCAACUCCAGCAGCCAGAGCCAGCAAGAAGAUCGUACUACCUGAGCCGAGCAUCCGCAGUGUUAUGCAGAAAUACUUGGAAGACCGGGGUGAGGUGACCUUUGACAAGAUAUUUUCUCAGAAGAUUGGGUACCUGCUAUUCCGAGACUUCUGCCUAAAUCAGGUGGAGGAAGCCAAGCCACUGGUGGAAUUCUAUGAAGAGAUCAAGAAGUAUGAGAAGAUGGAUUCUGAGGAGGAUCGUGCAAUUAAGAGCCGCCAGAUCUUUGACAUGUAUAUCAUGAAGGAGCUGCUGUCCUGCUCUCAUCCAUUCUCCAAGACUGCCACAGAGUAUGUGCAGAGCCGCCUCAGCAAGAAGCAAGUACCACCUGAUCUGUUCCAGCCAUACAUUGAAGAGAUUUGUCAAUGCCUCCGUGGAGAUAUUUUCCAGAGAUACUUUGAGAGUGACAAGUUCACACGGUUCUGUCAGUGGAAGAAUGUAGAGCUGAAUAUCCAUCUGACCAUGAAUGACUUCAGUGUCCAUCGCAUCAUUGGGCGUGGCGGCUUUGGCGAGGUCUAUGGCUGCCGGAAAGCAGACACAGGAAAAAUGUAUGCUAUGAAGUGUCUGGAUAAGAAGAGAAUAAAGAUGAAACAAGGGGAGACACUGGCCCUAAAUGAGCGCAUUAUGCUGUCUCUUGUCAGCACCGGGGAUUGCCCCUUCAUCGUGUGCAUGUCGUAUGCCUUCCAAACACCUGACAAGCUCAGCUUCAUCCUGGACCUCAUGAAUGGGGGCGACCUACAUUAUCACCUUUCCCAGCAUGGAGUCUUCUCUGAGACUGAGAUGCGUUUCUAUGCAGCAGAGAUAAUUCUGGGGCUGGAACACAUGCACAAUCGCUUUGUGGUGUAUCGUGACCUCAAGCCAGCCAAUAUCUUGCUGGAUGAGUUUGGGCAUGUUCGUAUCUCAGACCUGGGUCUUGCCUGUGAUUUCUCCAAGAAGAAACCUCAUGCCAGUGUGGGCACGCAUGGGUACAUGGCACCAGAGGUUCUGCAGAAAGGUGUGGCCUAUGAUAGCAGUGCUGACUGGUUCUCUCUAGGCUGCAUGCUCUUCAAACUACUGAGAGGACAUAGUCCCUUUCGGCAACACAAGACUAAAGACAAACAUGAGAUCGACCGUAUGACACUCACCAUGGCUGUGGAGCUGCCGGAUUCCUUUACACCCGAGCUACGCUCCCUGUUGGAAGGGUUGCUUCAAAGAGAUGUCAAUCGUCGCCUGGGUUGUAUGGGCCGUGGGGCGGCUGAGGUAAAGGAGAGUUCUUUCUUCAAGGGCCUAGACUGGCAGAUGGUUUUCCUACAGAAAUACCCACCACCCUUGAUCCCACCCCGCGGGGAAGUGAAUGCAGCUGAUGCUUUUGACAUUGGUUCCUUUGAUGAAGAGGAUACAAAAGGAAUCAAGCUACUGGAUAGUGACCAGGAGCUCUAUCGUAACUUUCCGCUCACCAUCUCAGAGCGUUGGCAACAGGAGGUGACAGAGACUGUUUUUGACACAGUCAAUGCAGAGACUGACAAACUGGAGGCCCGCAAAAGAGCAAAGAACAAGCAGCUGGGCCACGAGGAAGAUUAUGCCCUAGGCAAAGACUGCAUCAUGCAUGGCUAUAUGUCAAAACUGGGGAACCCUUUCCUUACUCAGUGGCAGAGGAGAUACUUCUACCUCUUCCCAAACCGGUUGGAGUGGCGUGGAGAAGGAGAAUCCCCGCAAUCUUUGCUCACCAUGGAAGAGAUCCAGUCAGUGGAGGAGACGCAGAUAAAGGAUCGAAAGUGUAUUCUACUGAAGAUCCGGGGAGGCAAGCAAUUUGUCCUGCAGUGUGAUAGCGACCCGGAGCUGGUGCAGUGGAAGAAGGAGCUGCGUGAGGCAUACAAGGAAGCCCAGCAGCUGUUGCAGAGGGUGCCCAAGAUGAAACACAAGCCGCGCUCUCCGGUGGUGGAGCUGAGCAAGGUCCCACUGAUCCAGCGCAGCAGCAGCAGCACCAAUGGCCUCUGACCUUCCUCGACUUCCCCUCCCAUCCUUAAUUUAUUCGGCUGGGUUUGUCCACCGUUCCCAUCCUCUCUACUGUCUCUCUUUUUGCUGAUUGUUGUGAUGUCCGCCCCAGCCCCUUGGGGUAUUGUAGUGAGGGGAUGGGGGCAUCCAAAAAGUGAGGGACAAGCUUUUCCCUGUCUCCCGCCCCUCCCCUCUUCUAAAGAACGUAGGGAUUGAUACCUAUUUCAAGGGGAAAGAACCCAAUUGGUAAGGGUCAACACAUCCCUUACUUAAGGAAGCCUGGGAUUUAAGGCUCUACGUUUUAAAUAGGACCAAUGAAGGAGAAAGUUAUGGAGUGUGCUGUGUAUCUUGAACACUCCCUGCUUCCUCCCUGUGGUGCCAAACAUGUGCUAGUAUUUGAGGAGCAUCAGAAGGCCUGGUACUUCAGGCUUUGCUCCCCAUGGGGUUUUUUGGGGGUGCGCAUCCUCUGAAACCAGUCCCCUUAUACUAGUAAGGAUGGAAAAAAAUCUAAACGACAAUCUGAAUACCAGCCCCUUUUAUCUUCCAGAUCCAAGCUCUGACAAGAGUUGCACAGCUGAUUCCCGCGUUAAGGGUGCUCUGGUUCUGGCAGGGAAAGCUAGAGAAAGCAUGUUUUUCACUGCUACUGCCCCUUGCUGAGAGUACUAAUUGAUCAGCCAUUGUGCCAUAACCAUCUGUUUCAGGGUUUGCUGGGUUUCCACUCUAGGAGGGUGGUAAGGUUGCCUUGAAGCUAUUAUUACAAUAGAAGGAUUUGCUAACAGAUGAAGGCUUACCCCAUUCUCUUCCCUUCCCUGUGUUCCUGAGUCCAUUCCUUAAUCCUUACUUGCAUCUUCUCAUCCCAUUAGUUGCCAUUCCAAAUCGGAGAGGCUGUUGUCACUGCAGCCUUACAAUCAUGAUUCCUCUGCUUAUGGUAUCCCAGGCUUGAACAGGUAUUAUCUGUCAAUUGUGCCAAAUUUCACAAUAAUUUCUAUCCCCAUCCAGGUGGCCCAGCGGAGCACCUGCAAAGUCCUAUUCCCUGUCACCCCAGGCCAUAUCUGGACCAAAUUCUCUGCAUUUGACUGUCCCAGACUGUGCUAUUGCCUCUGAUUCUUCUCCUUGGAGUAAGAUAAGAACUGUCUUUGCUCUGCUGUCUCCACUGCCAAACGUAUUCUGCUUUGCUGUGGAAAGGAGAAGGAGCAGCAGAGUUAUGCCAAAAGAGAUUCUGAACUGCCUGUCCUCUGCUUGGGGCCUGUCUGGAGUGGGGCUGGAGUGGAGGAGGCAGUAGCUGGAAGCUCAGCCUGAAUGAGGCCCUGUGCCAACUUGAGUAUCUGAAGGACUCUGUAAAUAUUUCUGUGCCAAGGGGCCAGGCUGGGUUUGAAAAACUUGGUUUGCUUUUCCCUUCCUUUCCAGUAUCCACUGUAUUAAUAAUUUCCCUCCCUCGCAGCAGUGUUAUGAUUUCUCCUACAGGCUGGGGAGAAAUCUCAGGUUAAGCCUGUGCCCCCUCCUCUUCCACUUGUGGUUAACAGGGGGGUGGGGUAUGGGUCAAUGGCUUUUGGUAGGGGAUCAGGUUCUCUCCCUCUGGUCUCAUGGCCCACAUGCAUGCGAUUGCCUCCGAUGCAUGCCUCCCCUCCCUGAUGAUGAACUCUGCCUGUUCUUCCACCUGACUUCAAUUUUCCUUCCAGGGUGAUUAGCCCCAGAAGGAGAGAGGUGGAAUGGAGCCCCUUUCCUUGCAAUGUCUGUAAAUAUUGAUCUCUGGUUUGUCUCUCUGGGUUAUUAUUAUGGAUUUUUUGCCGAUUUUGAAUGUGAUUUUAAUGAGUGGGUUAAAAAAGAUUGUUUUUAUAAUAAAAAAAUU